AUGGCGAACGUUAUCAACACAUUGACGGAGCUACCUUUCGGAACUGAGGAGUCGAAAGAGGAAAUGGCAGAAUACCGCAAAGUUUUGGAGGACGAACGCUCAGCAUGGAAUCAAAAUGCCUUUAGUAGCGAUCUAUGGCAAGGUAUCAGAGAAGAACGAAAGAGAAAAGCAACGAAGUUGCAAGAGGAAGCAUUCAAUCAACCACUCUUCCAGCGAAAAACGACGGGCGGCAUGGUUCUCGUGAACCUUAAAGAAGACCCCAAAGCCAACCCCGACUAUUUCGAACCACAAACGCAAAAGUUCCCGACGGGCAAAAGCUCGCCAAUGUCCCACCUGGCUGCGGAAUGGAAGAAUAAAGACGAUGACGCGUACCAGAAUAAUCUCAUCACAAUCAGAUGGUUCUGCUCCAUUCCCUUCCCAGAUCGAACGAAUGAGAAUGAAAUUAAACUUCAGGAAUCUCCAAGAGGAAUGAUGUGUAGCCUUAUCAAUCAGCUUUUGCGGGAGAUUUCUAAGAAGUUUCCCGAGUACGAGCUAAAAGGCUCAUUAUUGCGAGAGGCCGGCUUUGCUAAGCGCCUCAUCAACCGCGAGAUCGAAGCCUUGUGCGAGCUGUUCAGUGCCCUGAUGAUAUAUCUUGACCCAGGAGCUGAUGUGAUGUGUGUGAUCGACGAGAUCAACCAAUAUGAGACAGAUCACCUUUCCAUGGAAUCGGAUUAUUCUAUGAAUCAGCUGUCAGCGUUGGCAAAAAUACAGUCGGGGCGGCCGGUGGCAUUCAAACUCGUUUUAACAUGCCAGAGCAAAGCUACGCAGGUCAACAAGUUCUUCGACAAUCGCAAAUACUUCGAGGAUAACAUCGUUGAGGGGUAG